CUGUUGGUAUUUCAUGUCUACACCUUUUCUGUGUAGAGGUAUGUUAUCUAUGUUAGCUGCAGGACGUUAUUGUUAUUCCCUGUGGAACAGAAUGAGAGGAGAGAGACAGAGGGUGUUUUUUGGCAAAUUGUUACAAAAAGAUGGAUUGGGGGAUAAUGUUGCUAGGAGACCCUGACAUCAGCUCUUUAUCCCUGAAUCAUGCUGUAGCCCACGUGCAUUCAGACUGUGUGUCUGUGUAUAUAUGUGUGUGUGUGUGUGUGUGUGUGCGUGUACCUCCUCUCCCCACUGCGUCUGUGUGUCCUUGCUCUUGCUGGUACUAUAAAGCCAUCAGCAUCUCCUUCGCUCUCUGCUUUCUGCACGAGUAAAGUCAGGGCUGUUUUCGCUGAACCACAUAUCAGUCACCUCAGCUGUGCUCGGAGAAUGAACAAUGGAUGAUGCCUGAGGUUUUUUCUUUUUUAAUACAAAGCAUUUUGAGAGGCAGACUUUUGUCAAGGUUGUAGAGCAAAUAUCAACUCCCACACAAGCCUGUGUCUUCUUUGAAGUGACUCUUCUUUCCUCAAAAGCAAAAGCCUGGAAUGGAAGGUUAAGACACGGAGAGAAAAAAUGCCUCCCAACGGAGAUAAACAGCGGUGGAACAAAGAGAGGUGAAAACCAACUCAAGAAAAGGAAGCUGCGAGUACGGUGGAGUGUUUACCUUAUGAGGAUUCGAUGACCGAGCUUCUUCUGUGUCCUUUUCACAUGAACACAUUUGAUUUGUCUCUCAUUAUGUUCCUGCUUUGGGCUGCAAUGAAAUGAACACCUCUCCGCAACUUGAGGAAUCUUUGUCCCAUUGCGUCUGUUCCCCUUUUCCCUCUGUCUCCUCCAUCCCUCCACCUUUUCAUUCACCUCGCAAACUUUUCCCUGCUUUCUUUCACUCCUCCAUUUCUUUCCUUCCAGGAUCCAGUUUUUCCUCAGACACACUCACCACUAAGCCUAUUACCCAUCGUUAACUCUUUCUACCUUGCACCUGCGUUCACCACUCAUUACUGCACUUUCCUCUACUUUUCUGUCAUGCUCCGCCAGAUUUUUUUCAUUUUUCCCAUCUCUUCUCUUUCUCUGUUUUAAAAUCUCCACAUUUCUCUCCUUUCUUUAGUCUGAGGGCACCCAGGACUCAGUGGCUGAACGUCUCAUAAACAUAAAAACAUACGGCACAUUCUCUCUCCUAAUUGCCAUCUUUUCCUCUAUACCUCUCACAACCCGCUGUCAUUCCUCAGCACUUUUUCUCUCACCUCCCUCACAAUUAUCCUUCCCGUUCUGUCACAAUGUACUCCAAGGAGCUCUGGAACUCCACUGAGCAGGUUUUUGACAACGGCUCUGAGGCGAACUUUUCUCUGGGAAGACAUGGGGACGAGGAGGAGGAGGAAGGAGAUCAGCACCCCUUCCUCACAGAUGCCUGGCUGGUCCCCCUCUUCUUCGCACUCAUCAUGCUGGUCGGACUGGUGGGCAACUCUCUGGUUAUUUAUGUAAUUUCCAAACACAGGCAGAUGAGGACAGCAACCAACUUCUACAUAGCAAACCUGGCUGCUACUGAUAUCAUCUUCUUGGUGUGCUGCGUCCCCUUCACUGCCACCCUCUAUCCUCUCCCUGGAUGGAUCUUUGGCAACUUCAUGUGCAAAUGUGUUGCCUUUCUACAGCAGGUGACAGUCCAAGCCACCUGUAUCACUCUGACAGCUAUGAGUGGGGACCGCUGUUACGUCACAGUCUACCCUCUGAAAUCUCUCCGCCACCGCACCCCAAGAGUAGCCAUGAUCGUCAGCAUCUGCAUUUGGAUUGGCUCCUUCAUCCUGUCCACCCCGAUUUUAAUAUACCAGCGUAUAGAGGAGGGUUACUGGUACGGCCCGAGGCAGUACUGCAUGGAGAGAUUCCCAUCUAAGACACAUGAGAGGGCCUUCAUUCUCUAUCAGUUUAUUGCUGCCUACCUGCUGCCUGUCCUCACUAUCUCCUUCUGCUACACUCUGAUGGUGAAGAGGGUGGGCCAGCCCACUGUAGAGCCUGUAGACAACAACUAUCAGGUCAACCUCCUGUCUGAGAGAACUAUCAGUAUCAGGAGCAAAGUCUCCAAGAUGGUGGUAGUAAUCGUCCUCCUCUUCGCCAUCUGCUGGGGUCCCAUCCAGAUCUUCGUCCUCUUCCAGUCUUUCUAUCCAAACUACCAGCCCAACUAUGUCACAUACAAAAUCAAGACGUGGGCAAACUGCAUGUCCUACGCCAACUCUUCAGUCAACCCCAUAGUUUAUGGUUUCAUGGGAGCCACCUUCCAAAAGUCCUUCAGAAAAACCUUCCCGUUUCUGUUCAAGCACAAGGUUAGAGAUAGCAGCAUGGCUUCGAGGACUGCCAACGCUGAGAUUAAGUUUGUUGCUGCAGAGGAAGGCAACAAUAAUAAUGCAAUGAAUUAAAUCUGACAAUUAAAAAAUAGGAAGAAAAAGAUUGUUUGUAUCCAGAGCAAUGGCUGCGAGAAGAACAUUAAAAUAAUGAACAUUUUCCAGCCAUGGGUUCAUUGUGUGAAAGUCUUCAUAGAGCAACUGGCUGAUUUCAAAAGAACAAACUCUGUGUGUUUGGCAGACACAUUUUAGAUUUGUUAAUGAAUACAAUUAACUAACAAAUUGAUGUAGAGAAACACAGACUCAUAAUACGGAUGGACACUAACAGUGUUUGGCACAAUAUGUUACCUCUUCUAUUGCCAAGGCCAGGCAGUGUUGGCACAUAACAUCACCCAUCGAGCUGCCAAACACCACUGCCAAACACAGUCGUACACAUCUGAUGAUGGAAGAGGAAAACUUUCCCUACACGCUGCAGGCGGGAGUCCUAAUCCCUGUAAGAUCAUGGGUGACAAGGUCUGCAGCUUUGGUAUAAACUAUUCAGCAUUUGGAAAGCUGAUGACAUUAUGUAUUCUAAGACACAUGAGAAUACGAUCAUUUGGAAAUGACAGAAGGCUGAAUGUGCAUUUUGAACGAACAAUUGAUGCUCUAGAGUAGAUGUCUAUGGACAUGUUUUUUUUUUUUCAUUCAUGUGGUUGACAUUUGUUCCUAUCACUGGAGAGAAAGAGAAUAAUUCAACUAGAGACACUUUUUGAAUCUGUCGUUUUGUUAAAGAGCUAACACUACUUCAUUUUUUAGAGGAAUAGUUUGACAUUUUGGGAAAUACUCUUUUUUGCUUUCUUACAAAGAGUUAAAUGAGAAGAUGACCACUCAUGUCUGAACGCUUAAUAUGAAGCUAGAGCCAGGAGGUGAUUAGCUUAGCAUAAUGACUGGAAGCAGAGGGGAAACAGCUAGCCAGGCCCUGUCCAAAGUUAAAAAAUAUGCCUACCUGCACCUCUAAAGCUCAUAAAGUAACACAUACAUAACAUACUUACAUAACAAACAACAUAAAACGUGUUAAUUAGUGAGCUUUAGAAGUGUUAGGCAUAUGUUUGAAAUUUAGACAGAGCCAAGCUAGCUAAUUACCCCUAUUUCCAGCGUUUAUUCUAAGGUAAGCUAAUUGCCCCCUGGCUCUAGUGUUGUACGUAUGCUGCAUUCAUGUCAUAUUGGAGUUAUUGUAAUUAUGAGUUUCUACAUUCAUGUCAUGUUGGAGUUAUUAUUUCCACCUUGUAAAUAGUGUUCAUGUCAAAUUUCCAGUCCUAAUAAAGACUGAUUUUUCUGACUAUCUCAAUUGGCACUUAAUACGGAAAUAUGUGAAAACCAAACAAACAUUAAUGCCUCAUGUCAGCCAAAGUCCAUCGUUGAAUGUAAUUUAGGUCACAUUUAAUGGAUGUGGUUUAUUGUCAGUUCACAGUAUUUUGUAUCCUCAAAUGACCAACUCUGUAAUCAUACAACCCACUUUAAUUGUCUUUAACAUGGGAAUCUUUCCUAUCCCUAUCAUCUCCCAAACUGUCAAUCUAUUUCUUCUUUCUAAAAAAUCAAGCUGUAUUUUGUUCAUUUGUUGUAGGGGGAAUCCGCUCGAUCGCCCAUCUCCUUUUCCCGUUAAAGUUGCAACUCAAACAACCAACCAAAACACUAAAAACAACAUCAGUUAUGUGUAUUUCCAUGGAGGUUGCUGUCUAAGUCAUGUUUUCAUCCCCAAUGUUGUAAGGCAAAUUUUGCAAAUACCUCUCUGGUGUCGCAGUUUAUAAUGGAGAUGGUGAUGAAAGCCUGCACCUGAAAAAUAGAACAGGAUGUUUGUUUUUUCCUUUUUAUUUUGUAAUUUUUUUACUUCAUUUGACCAGCUGUAAAACAGUGAGCUCAGGUUAACACAGGGUUAAAGUUAUGUUUUUCUGUUUGGUGAGACUCCAAAGAAACAAAGCCAGCAUCCACUUGAAUGUGAGUUUCUCUGCUGCCAAAUGAGAUGAGUGGGAGCUGGCUGAAGCAGGGGUUACGACCGGUGAAGCAUGGACAGUGUUUACCUUCCUUUUGUGUCCCCCACAUAAACAUUCACACCUUCCUCAAUACAUGUGCACACAAAACACUCUGUAGAAACAUGCACGCACAUACACAGGCAUGCACAUGCACUUCCAGCUGGUAUAUCCAGGUGUUGUUUAUUGGAAUCAGUUGUCACAGCUUUGAGAAACACCCGUGUAUGAUCUUGUCAGACGGACUAAAUUCCAAAUGGUGGAGGCGUCCCUUAUUGCCUGUGCUGUGUUGUGAGAGAGCAUUUUGAUGGAGUACUUGUUCAGGGAGCUGCUGUCUGGCGAUGGAUAUACAGCCUAUCAUUGUUAAUACAUCUACAGAGGCCCUGCCAGCUCUCCACUUUCUAGAUGCAGUUCUUUUCUAUCCAUCCCACACGGUGACAUUCAAAAUCAGAACUUCAAUUAUGGCCCAUAGAAAAUCUGCUAAUGCAGUUCUCAUUUGAAUUGUAGAUACUGUAGGACUUGAUGUCAUCAGGGCUCCAUUUGAAUUACAACAAAGAGUCUUGAAAGGAAACCCAGAGUGUUUUGGCUGCCAUAAUUAGCCAUAAAUAGGUAACAAAAAGGUGCUCAAGGGUUGUCAUUAAUUGAGAUAAUAUUUGGGCACAUUUUGCAAAGAGAAGUGAACAAACCUUCCUAGCUAUGGCCACCUUAAUGUAACUAAAGAUGUAACCAACAGUAGUGGAUAAUAAUUAUAUGUACCCCUGAAUACAGUUUUAACGCAAAAUAUACCUUGUAGCCACACAAACUAACACGUUUUUACUUUUACCAAAAAAAGCACUUUGACUUUCAUUUCAUUGAAAUGGAUUUGAAUUGCUCUAUUUUAGCAGGAAGUGAUUUGACAUCCAUCUAUAAUUAUAAUUUUGUAGAAGGCAGCCAACAAAACUAAAUGUCACACAGUUUCAUCAGCACAUUCAGUAUGGUAUAAAUUACAUGGUAUGAAGGGUUUAUUUUUAUCUGAGUGCUACUGUAAAACACAUUUUAAUUUAAUGCUAAUGACAGCUUAUUGAUAUUUAAUGUGUAAAUUGUGCUGCAUUUCUUCCACACAAACUAAUUUACAUCAUUUAGGACCAAGGUCAUCAAUAAUGUGUGUAUUCUGCUUUAUAUUAAGUGCUCUUUUGUAUCUACGCUUAUUCUGAUAUUGUGAUUCUACUGUGUGUUCUGGUUUUACAGCAAUAUCUUCAGUUAAACUUAAACAAUAAAACAAUAAAACACAAAGUGACCAUUAAAUGUUUGGGUAGGCCAUUUCAAAUCAAGAAUGUCACUGCAGAGAAAAUGACAAAUGACUUGACCAGCAGUGAGUUGAUAAUUUCUCAGGGUUAUGUGAAAUCAUGUCUGCAGUAAGUUUACAUUAAACUUUUGAACAGAGGGAAUAAGAUGAUGGAUGUCACGGACUAACAGGCAGAGGACACCGAGAUGGAUGGGAAUGUCUUUAUUUAUGAUGACAGCCAGCAGUGGAGAGUGUGGAGAUAGGUAGAGUGGAUCUGGGGUAGUUUACCGGAGGGAAGCCACAGGAGACCGGAGAGACCACGGAGGACUGGAGAGACACAGGAAUAAUCUAGUGCAUGAAGUCCUAUCCACAAACAAGGUUGGACAGUGAGUGUGGAGAGUGGAGUGAAUUUAUCCUGGGUGUGAUUGGGGCUGAUUAAGGGCAGGAGUGUAAUUAGGAGCAGGUGUGGGUGAUUAUGGGCUGGUGAGGACAUGACAGGCUGUGACAAUGGAACUAUUUAAAACUGUGACUGUGACAUUUUUUUUUUGGUGCCAAUCAUGCAUUAUCCUGCCAAUAUAGAUGUAGCUAUUGUAGAGCCAUGCAUAACUUCAUGUUAGCUGAAUUAAUGCUUAACUUUUGCACUGGGAAUCACCUGGAAACUAUGGUUUUCUCUCUUGUCAGAAAUUAAACAAAAAGAAGGA